AUGAGGUCCCUUGACUCUCGUUACCGUCUCAUGGAAACUCAUUGUCGGAGGUUUAAUGGAUGCUUGAAGCAAAUCGAAUAUCGCAAUCCUAGUGGGACACAAAUCCAAGAUAGGAUUGAGCAAGCCGAACGAUUGUUUGAACAAGACCUAAAAUAUAAAGAUGGCUUCAAGUUUCAUCAUGUGUUCAGACUAUUCAAAGAGUUUGGAAAAUUUGAUGAUAAUGUGUCCCAACUACGAUCUCGUCGUCGGGAUUUCGAUACACUCAAUGACUCUUCCGAGUCUGACGUUCCAUAUGAUGGACAACCAACACCAGAGUCUCCGGGAUUGUCGCCUUUUAGUCCUCAACAAAGUGACGAUGGUGUUGGUGGAACAUCCUCUCAACGUCCAAUUGGAGCAAAGAAAGCAAAAUUGAAGAAGAAAAAUGAAGACCAAUUUUGCCAAUAUUUUCAAACUCUAAAUGCUAAAAGUGAUACUAUUGUUGAUUUGUUGCAGAAAGCCGAUGAACGUCAAAAUUUCCAGCUUCAAUUGCAGAAACAACAAAUCGAUUUGCAGAAAAAGAGGGAUGAAGAUAGAAUUUUGAUGAUAGAUUUGAAUUCUCUUACGAAUCCCAUGAUACGUCGACAUUGGGAGCAAAAACAAAUGCAAAUUUUACAAGAAAGAGAAAUUGAGCAACAACAAUCUCAAGCAACCCAACCAUCAUCUAACACGGGUCAAUUUGGAUUUCUCGACGAUAUCGGGCAUGACGGAGGAAAUUUGAAUGAUUAUUAUGGUGACAAUUAA